GUUGUUUGCUAAAUUAGAAAAAUAAACAUGUCUGACCAAAAGGCACAAUUAACACAAUCCAUUGAAGCCCAAGGACUUAAAGUUCGUCAGUUGAAGUCCCAAGCUGCGGAGAAGACUGCCAUUGAUGCCGAAGUUCAAAUUUUACUCGGCCUCAAGAAAGAGUUGGCUACUCUUGAAGGAGCUGACAAAAAGUCUAACGAUACUAAGCCCGCCAAGAAGGCUGGUAAGUCUAGCUUCACUUUAAAGACUGCUAAGGGUACCAAAGACUAUAACGACAAGGACAUGGCUAUUCGUGAAAAGGUCUUCAAUACCAUUACCAAGGUUUUCAAAAAACACGGUGCCGUCACUAUUGACACUCCUGUUUUCGAAUUGAAGGAAAUUCUUGCUGGUAAAUAUGGUGAGGACAGUAAAUUGAUUUAUGACUUAGCCGAUCAAGGUGGAGAAGAAUGUUCUCUUCGUUAUGAUUUGACUGUUCCAUUUGCCCGUUUCUUGGCCAUGAAUGGUAAAGAAUACCCCAACAUCAAACGUUACCAAAUUGCUAAGGUUUAUCGUCGUGAUCAGCCUGCUAUGACUAAGGGUCGUAUGAGAGAAUUCUACCAAUGCGAUUUUGAUAUCGCGGGCUCUUAUGAUUCUAUGAUUCCAGAUUCUGAAAUUUUAAGAAUUUUAUGUGAAGCGCUUACCAAUUUGGAUGUCGGUAAAUAUACAGUCAAGAUUAAUCAUAGAAAGAUUUUGGAUGGUAUUUUCGAAGUUUGUGGUGUACCCGAAGAUAACAUUCGUCCUAUUUCAUCUGCUGUUGAUAAGCUUGAUAAACUUCCUUGGGCCGAUGUCAAGAAGGAAAUGGUUGAAGAAAAGGGUUUGGCUUCCGAAGUAGCUGACAAGAUUGGUGAAUAUGUCAAACAUAAGGGUGGCCGUGAUCUUUUAGAAAUGCUUUUAAAGGAUGAAGUAUUAACCAGCAAUGCCAAUGCUGCUGCCGGUCUUGCCGAGAUGGGUACACUCUUUGAUUAUUUGGAGAUCUUUGAUGUUAUGGACAAAAUGUCCUUUGAUCUUAGUUUGGCCAGAGGUUUGGAUUAUUACACUGGUAUUAUCUAUGAGGCUGUCACUGAAAAGUCAGCUCCCCCUAAACUCGCAGAAGGUGUUUUACCUAAGAAGAAGUCAGGUACUGAUGAAUUUGAUGAAUCUACUGUUGGUGUCGGUUCUAUUGCUGCUGGUGGUCGUUACGAUAACUUGGUUGGCAUGUUCUCAGGCGUUAACAAGAAGGGUGUUCCUAACCUCCAAAUUCCUUGCGUUGGUGUCUCCAUUGGUGUUGAGCGCGUUUUCUCGAUCCUCAUGUCAAAGCAGAAGACUGAAGAAAUCAAGAGUAACGAAACUGAAGUUUAUGUCAUUUCUGUUGGUGACGGUCUUUUAAAGGAAAGAAUGCAGAUUGCUAAGGAAUUAUGGGAUGCUGGUAUCAAGGCAUCUUACAUGUUCAAAAACAAGCCUAGACUUGAUAAGCAAUUCGAUGUUUGUGAAAAGGAAAUGAUUCCUUUCGCAAUUUUCAUUGGUAAGGAUGAACUUGAAAAGGGUGAGGUUCGUGUCAAGGAUAUGAGAUCAAAGGAUGAGUCUCAAAAGGGUGGUGUUACCAUUAAACAUGCUGAUAUGAUCAAGGAAAUGAAGGCCAGACUUGAAAGUUUGUAAAUUUAAAAUAAAAUGGCUAAUAGAUUCAUACAAUUGAGAAAAC